UACCACUUCGAAAUGUCACACACUUGGUCGUCCAUAAUAUUUUGACAGUGACAAACCUCUAUAAAAAAUAAACUUUUUUCAUUGUACGUCCACAAAUAAUUCUGUGAAAGAAAUAAAUAUUUCGAGUAUUUCCAAAAAUGGGUAACGCAGGAAGUACGGUGCCACGCGAACGUCAUAAAUCUAGUACAAGUUGCGACAUACUUGGAUCACCUAUAAAAGAAGGUCAGGCGUUUGUGUUCGAGAAACGACCAGACAAUCGUAUCUUUCAAGGAGGAUCACAUGAAGAGGAACCAUACUAUACGAAACCGGUCCAACACGAUCCGGAAUUUGAACAAGAACCACGGAAGCGUUCAAACACAUUGGAUGCAAGUAAAGACAAAGAAAAUGAAGCGGACACAGCGCCAGCGCUACCAACAGUAUUCAAGUGGGAUGGUGGCGGACGUCAGGUUUAUAUAAGCGGAACAUUUUCGGAUUGGAAAUCUAUUCCGAUGGUAAGGAGUCAUGGCGAUUUUGUGACUAUUAUAGACCUGCCCGAAGGCGAUCAUCAAUACAAAUUCUGUGUGGAUGGGGAAUGGAGGCACGAUCCUAAGCUGAAAAAUAUUGACAACGACAUAGGCACUAAGAACAAUUUAGUAUCCGUGCGAAAAUCGGAUUUUGAAGUAUUCCAGGCACUGGCCAAAGACAUCGAAGAAGGAGGAAAUACCACUCAAAAGGAGUACUCUCAGGACAUUCCUGCUGCUAAACCGUGGGAAAAGGUUUCCGGGCCACCAGUGUUGCCGCCUCAUUUGCUACAAGUAAUUCUUAACAAAGACACUCCAUUAUCGUGCGAACCAACGCUAUUGCCAGAACCGAAUCACGUUAUGUUGAACCAUUUGUAUGCCCUUUCCAUUAAAGAUGGCGUGAUGGUAUUGAGUGCAACUCACAGAUAUCGAAAGAAAUAUGUGACCACGUUGCUAUACAAGCCGAUUUAGUUAGAACGGAUUUUUGUUUUGUUUUGCACAUGCUCGGUUUCAAUUUGGCGUGGACUUAUUUAUAUUAACACCAUUACCGCGGAAUCGACGUUGAUGAAUUGAACGAAAACAAGGAUAUGGUCACGUCACCUGUAAAUACAAAAAAAAAAGAGAUAAAAUGUUUAUAUGCAGCUCACUGCAAUUUAAUAAAAACAGAAAUAUUUUAGAAA